UUCCUUUUGUCAGUUAGUCUGUUGUACAUGCAGAUGUUUGCUCUGCAGUCAGUCCUGCCUGUUCCCUGCUGUAUCCUGCAGUGUUCCUGCCCUGUUCUUCACCCAAGUUCUCUCCGUUAUCUGGGAUGCUGUGUUGGAAACCAUCAAACAGUUCUUCAGCAGGAUACUUCACACCAGUACUACAGAGCUGUGGAGGGGGAAAUCUUCAUGAUGCCGUGCAUAAAAACUGUGAGCUGGCGCACCGAGGUGUCGUGGUCCAAGAUCGAAGACGGCAGAGGAGGAAAUGAGGUCCCGCCCGUUGUCUGUGGAAGCGAGUUCAUAACUGAAGCAAAACAUUCUGGAAAGUACACACACAGUGGCAGCGAGUCGUUCCUUCAUCUUCAGGUGGUGGAGAGAAUCAGUCUGGGAUGCUUUGAGCCUGAGGAGAGCCGUAUGAUGCUGACCGUGAGUGAAGGUGGGGUGAUCUCAUGCCCAGGUCUCAACUGUAGUGACAACACAGGUGUCAUCUGGUACAAGGGUAACGAAGCUGUGUCUGAGCAGCACAGAACCUCCUGUCAGAGGAAUGGACGGUUACAUCUCUGCGAAGUCUAUAAACAGGAUACAGGUGUAUAUUUCUGUGAUAGAAAAAUGAAUGAUGGAGAAGUGAACUGGACAUUCAGGAGGGCUGUUAACGUCACAGUUGUACCUUCCCCAGAAUGUGACCCUCCCAGCAUUCACAGUCACAACAAGACAGAGGCAGUGGAGCUCGGUCAGUCUCACACUCUGGUGUGUGAAGUACAAUUUCCUUUUGAGAUCGUGUUUUCAGGGAAGGUGCAGUGGUACAGGAAUUAUGGUGGCAACAUGGAGAAUAUGACUCGACUACACAUGGAGGAGCAACAACAAGAGCGAGUGACAUUUACAGCAUAUGAAGUCAUAGGAAGAGCUAUCAUAGAAGAGGUGACUCUGCAACACUUGAACCACACAUAUACCUGCAUCGCCAGCAAUACUUUUGGAAACAGCAGCAUCACCAUCAAGCUUGAGGAGAAAAUUAAAGAAAAAUGGCCGUCACUGGUUGGGUAUCCCAUUGCGUCUUUGUUGCUGGUAGUUGGACUGGGAAUCGUUUUGCAUGUGAAAUGGCUGGAAAUACAGCUCAUCUACAGAUCCUACUUUCUACAUGGAAAAGAUGUUGGAGGUGAGAAAGAGUUUGAUGUGUUUCUGUCGUGUGUGUGGAGCCCUUCUUCAGCACAGGUGGAGGGAGUUUUGACCUUUUCCUCCCAAAAAGGACCUGACACUGAUGAUGAAGCAUGUUUGUCCUGCGUGGACCUGCUGGACACUGAGGAGGGUAAAGUCGCCCAGGGACCACUAGAAGUGCUGCUACCCAAAGUGUUAGAGGGCCGUUGGGGCUAUAGGCUCUGUCUGCCUGAGAGGGACAUUCUUCCUGGAGGAGCAUAUACAAAUGAUGUGGUCCUUGCAAUACAGAGAAGCCAAAUCUUAAUCUGUGUCCUGUCAGCUGACUACCUCUCCAACAGCAAUGCUGUGUUUGAACUGGAAUCGGCAGUCCAGGCUUUGCUGCAAAGCUCUACAUUAAAACUCCUGCUAAUAUGGACCUGUAGAGCCUCAGCAUCACUCAUCCGGCCAGACCCCCCGCUGCCCACACUGGUCCAGAGAGCCUUGAAGGUGCUUCCGAGUCUGGACUGGACCUCAGGCAAACCGUCCAGAGCCACCAGCGAUUUCUGGAGGUCUUUGAGGAGGUCCAUGCCCAAUCAGAAUGUGAGACAGGUUUCACUCAUGCAGGACAAAUAACACACUUAAGACACCAAAAACAUUUUUUCCUCACAUGAUGUACCGCCUAUUUAUUUUAGAGCACAGCUUGUAUUUCUGCAUUCUGCACACUGGAACUGUUUGCAGGCAAGACAUGAACCAGUGUGUCAAGGUUAUUUCCAUGAUGGCAGAGAUGCCUAGUCAUUAUGUUUAUUUUUAUAUAUAUGGGGGAAAGUCUUUUGCAUCUCUCGGUAUUGAGGCCUUUCUCAAACCAUCCCCUACACCCUUUCUCUAACCAUUUCCACUCUUGUUUCCAUGUUUGUGUUUGCCACAUUAAGCACUGUUCCAAACCAACUAACAGGGAGUUGAAGUGCCCCUGGGAUGACAUUGUUUUGUAGGCUAACUUUGCCCUAGUUCCCCCUUGGAAAAAAAGUGUUAAUUUUGUUUAAUGUGUUACAGGAUCUUGCACUGACCAGAUUACAGAGAGAAAAACGAGACAUUUACAAAAGAAAAAGAAAAAUAUCGCCAAUGAAACUCAGGACUAAGUUUUAUUCCUAUUUAUGUAUAGUUUAUUUAUUUAUUUGCUUAUUUAUCGUUUAAUUUAUCUAUUUUAACCGCAAAGGAAUAAUAUAGCCUGCCAAAAUGCCAGUACACAGUAAUAUAGCCUGCAGCCUUCUGCAUUUCUGCGGCAGAGAGGGAAGUUUGUAUUUAUUCCUUACACCCUGAUGGAGGAUGCUUCAGUAAGCUGUGAAGGUGACUACAGAGUGACACUCCACGACAGAGGGGAAGUGGUUAGUGUGUGAAACAUUUACUACCAAAGUGUUUAUCACCUUUUUUCCACAUUUUGAAAAGAAAUCACACCAAUGUGCUCAGAGUUUAGAGGUUUAAAUACUUACACAAGGAGGGUAAUGUCAUUCCAGGUUUCAGGGGGUUGACAAACAAACGUAAUAACCUUAUGAAUGUUGUUAAUGUAGCCGUUUUCGUAUAGCAAAGUUGAGUUGUAGUUCAUUAUGGACUGUCAAAGCAGGCAUGUCAACAACAAAAAAAACAUUGAUACCAUACAGAUUACCCAAAACCUUUAUUUGACUGACUUUGAAAUAUGUACUUGAGAGUUGUCUGAUAAAACAGGUCGUAGCAGUGGAUAUUACUGUGAAACUCAGAAACUCAGUUUAUAUUUUGAAUCGAGGGGACUUUCAGUCAGGCACAGGGGGAAUCACUGGGGUA